UUGCAAGAGUCUAGAGACGCAGAGAGGGAAGAGGCUAUGGAGGACGUGGUGGAGGAGAUAGAGCAAAAAAGGUGGAAGAGAAGCCUCACAACGACAAAGAGAAGCAGGAGCUCCUCAAAGUCGUCCUCAUGCCUUAUAAAUAAUCUUGAUGAUGGAUGUCUGAUGCACAUCUUCAGCUUCCUCUCUCCCAUUCCAGAUCGGUAUAACACCGCCCUCGUUUGCCACAGAUGGCUUUACUUGGCAUGUCACCCUCGCUUGUGGCUGCGAGUUGACCGGUCCGCCAAAGAUCUUUUGGAGCCUGGGGUUUUCCCCAACCUUGAGACAGCUGUUGAGGCUGCAAGGCCAGGCGAUACUAUUCUAAUUUCAGCAGGCGGAAGACAUCUUGCUUAUAAUAUUCAAAUAAAAAAGCGACUCUGCCUGAUUGGUGCAGGUGAGCAACCUGAUGAGACGACUAUAUACUGUUCUCGAGGUUCAGACAGUGCAUUGGAGCUCCUGUCGACCUGCAAAUUGGCGAACUUGACUGUGAAGGCAGAGCUUGGCUGUUGCUUGCUUCAUAGGAGCGGAAGGGUGACGAUAGAGGGGUGUGUGCUUCAAUGCGAGACGAAUCCUCUAGACCAUCUUUCAUGCCCUAUUGUGAGCACAGCUAGUGCCCAGACGGUAAUAUCUUCCCCUGUGAAAUGUUCUAAUGAUGGCGUUUCUGUUUUUCGAACUCGAAUUGAAGGAGGUGCCAAGGCUGUCUUGACUAGCGGAGACUUGACCUUGCAGCGAGUUCGAGUUAUUUAUGCUCGGACGUCAAUCUUUUUCUGGUUUGACGUAGAGCACCAGUAAUGUCUUGAUUUUGUUACCGGGCGCUUGUAAAAUUGUACUAUAGCAUUGCAGUUUUUUCUUUUUUCUGUACGGGACUAUGUUCAGUUUGUUUCAAGUGUUGUAAUAAUUUCCAAUUUAGAUAUUUUUAUCUUUAAAAGAUACAAUAUAAUCGUCGUUAA